CAACAAAUCCCCGACGAUCGCGCAACGGUAAUACGUUCGGACUCUGGGCGCCAUUCCCUAGAGGUAGCGACCCUCUCGUAUCCUCAUCUCCCCAUCCGGCGCCAGUGGGUGGAGACUGGAGACCAUGGCGGAUCCCCAAUACGCUCGCCGGCGAGCUUCCCUGGAUCCUUCAUUCCACGCUGGUUACUCGCCUCACACACAUUCCCGGUCGCGAAACGGCUCCAAUGGCUUCGCCUCUCCUCUAACAACACCGCCGGUGACUGCCAACUACCAAAUGCAAAUGCCGAUGCCGAUGCAUCUCGUCCAAUCUCAAUCGAACCAUCAACGACGAUCGCCCAGCGUGAACACUUUCAGCACCGUCUCCAGCGGAGGAGGAAUGCCGCCCCCGCCAGCCGCCUACCGAACGUCGCCCACCAGCGACAUCAGGAGAUCUACCUCGAGUCGCUCCGGCGGCACCAGCGACCAACCAACCAGCUAUGUUGCACUCCUACGAAAGCAAAAAGCGACGGUAUGGUGCGACCGUGCACAAUAUGAGGAUCCCAGAUUGCUAGCACAGCAGCGUGCGGCCAAGACGCGGGCAGCCAUGGAAGUUUCGGGCGCGGUAACUGGUUCGGGAACAACCAGCGCCCGCACAAUAACCGGUCUGUCUGCGGGAGGAAAGGUCGCCGCAAAGAUUCGACACCACGGAAAGCCGACAGUCGUCGGAUACAUACCAGAUGGCCACCACGUCGGCGUGGGAGGCAUCCCUCUGAGACUCAGCGCGACCGAGGUGGAAGGUGAAGACAGCGACGAUGAUAACGACGCCUUGAACCGAUACAAUCACCGGAGAACCGGUAGCUCCAGUCGAAGCAGCACCGCCAGCGGGAGAAAGGGAUUGGGCUAUCGCGCUUCCGGACAACUCGGACCAUCGAAUUCACAAGGCUCCGGCUCUCGAAGGUGGACCCCCGGCGACACGCCAGAGCGACGGGGCUCCCUAGCGCAGACCAGCGAGCAGGCCUCUGCUGGCAACGAUGCGGCUAGUGGAAAGGCCCUGAGCUUUGCCAGCGGGAGCAGUAGCGAGCGUCUAGAUGCUGUCCCUGACCUCCAGGCCCACCCACAACGACAGCUGGCAACCAACAGCUUACUCAACGCCACUUUGACGCGCGAGAAGAGUGUUAAGAACCCCGAGGAGCUCAAGAGGAGAGGAAGCGUGGACGAAAGGACAUAUGAGAGGACAAUGACAUUUAACUCGUCCGGUCGCUUGUUCAUCGCCAACCCUGACUAA